AUGGGGCUCAAGCCCCAUCAAUCACAACUCUUUCUCUAUACUCCGUACUUCAGUGACAAGAUGGCUCCAAAGAUUCAACAAACUAAGGCUGCCAAGGCUGCCGCUGCUUUGGCCGGUGGUAAGAAAGGUAAGAAGAAGUGGAGCAAGGGCAAGGUUAAGGACAAGGCUCAACAUGUUGUCAUCUUAGAUCAGGAAAAGUAUGACAGAAUCAUGAAAGAAGUUCCAGGUUUUAAGUUUGUCUCUGUCUCUGUUUUGGUUGACAGAUUGAAGAUCGGUGGCUCGUUGGCAAGAAUCGCUUUGAGACAUUUGGAGAACGAUGGUGUCAUUAAGCCUGUUUCUAAACACUCUAAGCAAGCAAUUUACACCCGUGCUUGA